AUGACGAGUCGGUGCCCUUUUACCGUCUCUUCCCGUACCCCACUUCCCCUCCCCCCCCCCCUCUCGCCGCUCUUCCCCGCUCCAGGUCCCUGUCCGGUAGACCCCCUCCCCCCUCAAGGUCCUGCUCCUUCAGGUGUGCCUCAUGUAGUCCCACUCCCCUUGGCUGAGCCUUUCAAGCCGAAUGCUGUCGACUCUGGUGCUGCUGGGGGUGGUGCUUAUAGGGGUGCUGAGUCUGUGGGUGCUGACCCUGAGGGUGCGGAGCUUGGGGGUGCUGAGCCUGAGGGUGUGGAGCCUGGGGGUGCUGAGCCUGAGGGUGCGGAGCUUGGGGGGGUGCUGCGUCUGCUGGAGGUCCUACGGGUGCCUCGCCACAGCGAUUUUGUCGGUGAGAGCCUCUCUCACCACAGCAGCUGCGCGAGUGGUUUGCUCGGCGCAGCCACCUUCGGAUUGGCGCCGCCGGAGCUGGAGGCCCUGCCGCUGGAGGCACUGACGCUUGAGGCGCUGGUGCUGGAGGCGCUAGAUCUGGUUGUCCUGGAGCUGGAGGCACUGGAGCUGGAGGCGCUGGAGCUGGAGGUGCUAGAGCUGGAGGCGCUGGAGCAAGAGGCGCUGGAGCUGGAGACCUUGGAGCUGGAGGCACUGGAGCUGGAGGCGCUGGAGCUGGAGGCGCUGGAGCUGGAGACCUUGGAGCUGGUGGCCCUGGAGCUGGAGGCGUUGGAGCUGGAGGCGCUGGAGCUGGAGACCCAAGAGCUGGAGCACUCACACUAUGACACUUCAUCCUUCCUCUUUUCCACAGCGUAUCCCCCUCCGUCUCCUCCUGCGUCCUGUUUUCCUGAUGUUCCAGACCCCGAGUCUGACCUAGUUUGUGCUGCCAGCCCUACUGUCACGCGUCUCCUAGCCACUAUUGUCACUGACCCGUCGUUUGAGUCCAUUGCUAUGUGUGCCUUAGUUGUUGAGCUUGUUGACUUUGCUGCUGCGUGUCGUCUCGACUACGCCGCUAAUCUUGUUGCAGAGUCUCAGUCUGUCUAUCCUUUGUCCAUCAAGGGUGAGUGUGCUCUUGGCACAGACGUCCUUGAGGACAAACAGGAGGACUUUGAGUCUCUUGCAGCUGCUGUACCUCAUCUCGUGGCCAUGCUGCUUGCACCUGAGGGAGACCCGGAUGCACUGGACAUCCCGACCCUACGCUCUUACUCAGAGGCGAUUAUGGGUCCCUACUCCUCUCAGUGGCAGACAGCCAUGGACGCAGAGAUGGCAUCCUGGAAGUCCACAAGCACUUACGUUGACGCAGUUCCCCCUCCUGGGGCGAACAUAGUCGAUGGCAUGUGGAUUUUCAGGGUGAAGCGGCUGCCGGGUUCUCCACCUGUCUUCAAGGCUCGUUACGUUGCACGAGGCUUUAGUCAGCGACAGGGAGUUUACUUCUUCCAGACCUUCUCCCCUACCCCAAAGAUGACCACUCUUUGGGUGCUGCUGCACGUUGCCGCUCACCGUGACUACGAGCUUCACUCUCUUGACUUCAGCACGGCUUUCUUACACUGCUUGACUUUGCUUGUACUGUGA